CGCAGCGGCGAGGCGGAGGUGGCGGCGCGGCGGCAGAGGAGGCUGAGCUGGUGGUGGCCAGGCGGAAGAGACAGCUCCGGGGGGUGGCAGCGGCCCUUGGGAGCAGGAUGCGGGUCCGGGUCGGGCUGACGCUACUGCUCUGGGCAGUGCUGCUGGGCUCGGCCUUGGCGUCCUCGGAUGAAGAAGGCAACCAGGAUGAAUCCAUAGAUUCCAAGGCUUCUGUGCCGUCAGAUGAGUCGGUAGAGAACCACAGCCCAGCAGGCAGAGUAAUCGCUGGUCAGAUAUUCCUUGAUUCAGAAGAAUCUGAAUUGGAAUCAUCUCCUCAAGAAGAGGAAGACAACCUCAGAAGCCAAGAAGGGGAAAGCAUCGCAGAAGAAAUCAGCUUUCUAGAAUCUCCAAACCCAGAAAACAAGGACUAUGAAGAGCCGACGAAAGUACGGACACCAGCUCUGACCGCCAUUGAAGGCACAGCGCACGGGGAGCCUUGCCACUUCCCUUUCCUCUUCCUGGAUAAGGAAUACGACGCGUGCACCUCGGACGGGAGGGAAGACGGCAGACUGUGGUGUGCCACCACCUACGACUACAAGGCGGACGAAAAGUGGGGCUUCUGUGAGACUGAAGAAGAGGCUGCAAAAAGACGGCAAAUGCAGGAAGCAGAAGUGAUGUACCAGACCGGGAUGAAAAUCCUCAACGGCAGCAACAGGAAAAGCCAGAGGAGAGAAGCUUAUCGGUAUCUUCAGAAGGCAGCAAGCAUGAACCACACCAAGGCCCUGGAGAGAGUGUCCUAUGCUCUUUUGUUCGGUGAUUACCUGACACAGAAUAUCCAGGCAGCGAAAGAGAUGUUUGAGAAGCUGACCGAGGAAGGUUCCCCCAAGGGACAGACUGCUCUUGGCUUUCUCUAUGCUUCUGGACUUGGUGUUAAUUCAAGUCAGGCAAAGGCCCUUGUUUAUUACACUUUCGGAGCUCUUGGGGGCAACCUAAUAGCCCACAUGGUUUUGGGUUACCGAUACUGGGCUGGCAUUGGAGUCCUCCAGAGCUGUGAAUCCGCACUGACUCAUUAUCGUCUUGUGGCCAAUCAUGUUGCUAGUGAUAUCUCGCUGACGGGAGGCUCAGUGGUGCAGAGAAUAAGGCUGCCUGAUGAGGUUGAAAAUCCCGGAAUGAACAGCGGAAUGCUUGAGGAAGAUUUGAUUCAGUAUUACCAGUUCUUAGCUGAAAAAGGGGAUGUCCAAGCCCAGGUUGGCCUGGGACAGCUGCACCUGCACGGAGGCCGUGGAGUAGAACAAAACCACCAGAGAGCAUUUGACUACUUCAAUUUAGCAGCGAAUGCUGGCAAUUCCCAUGCCAUGGCCUUCUUGGGAAAGAUGUAUUCAGAGGGAAGCGAUAUUGUACCUCAGAGUAACGAGACAGCUCUUCACUACUUUAAAAAGGCUGCUGACAUGGGCAACCCUGUUGGACAGAGUGGGCUUGGAAUGGCUUACCUCUACGGGAGAGGAGUUCAAGUUAAUUAUGAUUUGGCACUGAAGUAUUUCCAGAAAGCUGCUGAACAAGGCUGGGUGGACGGGCAACUGCAGCUUGGCUCCAUGUACUAUAACGGCAUCGGAGUCAAGAGGGAUUACAAGCAAGCCUUGAAGUAUUUCAACCUGGCGUCCCAGGGAGGCCACAUCUUGGCCUUCUACAACCUGGCUCAGAUGCACGCCAGCGGCACCGGCGUGAUGCGCUCAUGUCACACUGCCGUGGAGUUGUUUAAGAAUGUGUGUGAACGGGGCCGGUGGUCUGAGCGGCUCAUGACCGCUUACAACAGCUACAAAGACGGAGACUACAACGCUGCUGUGAUCCAGUACCUCCUGCUGGCCGAGCAGGGCUAUGAAGUGGCGCAGAGUAACGCAGCCUUCAUCCUCGACCAGAGAGAAGCGACCAUCGUAGGUGAGAAUGAAACGUAUCCCAGAGCGUUGCUUCACUGGAACCGGGCGGCCUCACAAGGCUAUACUGUGGCUAGAAUCAAGCUUGGAGACUACCACUUCUACGGCUUCGGCACGGACGUGGAUUACGAGACGGCGUUUAUUCACUACCGUCUAGCGUCUGAGCAGCAGCACAGUGCGCAGGCCAUGUUUAACCUGGGCUACAUGCAUGAGAGGGGACUGGGCAUUAAACAGGACAUUCACCUUGCAAAGCGUUUUUACGACAUGGCGGCCGAAGCCAGCCCAGAUGCACAAGUGCCGGUCUUCCUCGCACUCUGCAAGCUGGGCGUGGUCUACUUCUUGCAGUACAUACGGGAGACAAAUAUUCGAGACAUAUUCACCCAACUUGAUAUGGACCAGCUCUUGGGACCUGAGUGGGACCUUUACCUCAUGACCAUCAUCGCGUUGCUCUUGGGAACAGUAAUCGCUUACAGGCAGCGGCAGCACCAGGACAUGCCUGUCCCCAGGCCUCCGGGGCCACGGCCGGCCCCGCCACAGCAGGAGGGGCCCCCAGAGCAACCGCCGCCGCAGUAACCCGCCGCGUCCCCCCAACGGGUGACGGACAAGGAAAGGGUUUGCUGAGAGCGCUUUCAUUCGAUGUAGGACUUUGGAUCAGCGGUCGCCACCUCCUGGAAGAGGCACAAGGAAGCGUUGAAUUCCUUAAGCUGCUUGGAAUCUGAUGCCUUUAUUUUCAGGGAUAAGUAACUCUUACCUAAACUAAGCUGAAUGUCCGUUUCAGUGCUGUACGGAAUAACAACUCUCAGUGGCUUCCCCCGCCCCCUUUUCUUACCCCGGAAACAUUUGCGAGACACUCACAGUGGUCAUGUCCACUGUGUCCAGCUGUCUUUUUUGGGUCCCUUCGGUCACUCUUACAAUGUGCAUAAGUUCUGUCGACCGUCCUGAAGGUCUUAUGCGUUGACACUAAAACUGAUCAAUGUAAAAAGGAAAACACAGUUGCAAAUCUAACCUUAACAUGUUUGAAAGUCUGAAAAUAGAACUUGCCUUUUAAGUUAAAAAAAAAAAAGUCCUCAAAGUGUUUCAGAACUCUGAUAACCAAGGAACUUUUAUCAGUCCACAUGCAAAUAUACAUAUUCAACAUAUUUGUUCCUUUAAAAGGGAAGGUUGAGCGGUUUAUGAUGAUCAGUAAUUGAUUGUCAUACGUUAUCCCGUACUUCUCUGCUUCAAAGACUGAAAGGCGUUGUUAAAGAGUUGUAUGUGAACUUCAUUUCCUUGGAGUGGAGUAUAUAGAAAACUUUGUGAACUGACUCCUUGAGCUAACACCUGGACUUGCCCCACCUACUCAGUGUGACCUGCUUGUUUGUUACAAGUAGGCAGAGCCUUUACCUGGAGCCAGAGGCUGGACUGAAUGGGAGAAUUAGAAAGCAGUAUUGAAGGAGUCUGGGCGGGGGUACCAGGAUCACAGACACACUUUCCCAAAAGUUAACGCAUUUGUUCCCAGGAUUCAAUUUAUUAAUACUUUGCAUUUCUUACUGCAAAAGAACAGACCACCCUCCUGAAUUCUUUAAAUGUGAAAUAACCUUGCCAGGCUAUGGCAGACAUAAACUACCAUUACAAUACUAAAACUCUAUAGAGAGUCGGAGAUGCAUUAAAAUCAGUGGUUGAAGAAAGCUACUAAAGCCUCUUUGUUCAGAUAGAUUUUUUUUCCUGCAGCUUGACGUAACAGGAGAAAAUCAACCACUUGCGUAGCUCCCGUGGUUACCACCCUCCACGGUUAACAUUAGGGAAAGCAAGGCUGUUACCCUUCAGAACUGUCUGCUUCAGGAGUAUGGAGAACAGCCGCCACAGAGCCAACAGCAAACACCGGAACAUCGCAUGUCACACAAAUGAGAAGCUUCAGCCACACCCAUGCUCCUUUUCAUGGUGGGAUGGCAGCAUUCGCCAUCCUGUGUCCAGUCUGAGACCCGCUUUAGCGCCUGAGCAGGCUUUCUGCACUUGCUGGCCUCCAUCUGUUUCUGUUCAUCUUUCCGUAACCCCUCAUCUGCCAGGAAACUUGAAGAGUUCCUUACCUGUAGAGUUGUAAAACUUUGGUUUUUGAAGUGGGGGUUGUAUUUAGAACUAGGUCUAACCAGUCCGUAAGGAAGCUGAGGGCUCUAAAUGUGAAAUUGUGUGCUUUUGUGUGUGUGGUGUGUGUAGAGUAUUACGAGAAACCUGGUGAGCGAACUUUCCUCCUGGAUAGUUGCUUCUAAACCUGAAGAAGUGGUCACAGCAAGACCCACAUGUGUAAAUGCAGAUCUGAAAGGUAGGACAUUUUACCCUCAGAAGUGUAAUGUCGCUUUGCACAGCUCAUGUAAAUACUAAGACUUCUGUUCGCUCUCUUUCGUGAGAGAUCUGUGUGCAUUUGGUACAGGAUAUUCAUGUCUUCACCCCUGCCUCUUCUCCCCACCCUUCAAAAUAAGUAGGAUCCAUGGUAGCAGCCACUCUUCGUUUCAAAGGAACUGUUUUAUUUAAACGUUUAACAACUAAACUUCCAUGUUUUUCUGUCAUCCACCUAAUUUCUCCUUUAGCAGUAUUCUUAUCUAUCUUUUCUUCCCUCUGUUAGUACUUCGAAAAAGACUGUUCUUCAGCAGUGGUCUCUACCCCAGAGGCAGACAGGAAAGGAUGGUCUUGUUCUCCAGAGACUGUUCUUCAACAGUGGUCUCUACCCCAGAGGCAGACAGGAAAGGAUGGUCUUGUUCUCCAGGCGACAACAGCCUUCCUCUUGGCAUUCCUCUUGCUCCUGUCCUUUCUAUUCAUCUUCCAAAUCCAUCUUUUUCUGCUGGCCUUUGUCCACCUCCUGUUUCACCCUGGCUCAUUUGCUACUGGCAGUUUGAAUGGUAAACCUAAAAUAGCUUAGUUCCUGUGACUUCAUUCAAAGACCUGUCUCUAAAUCCUUGGCUCCCUUCCUCGGUCUGUACAAGGGACCUGAUACCUAAACAAAUAGGAACUGGGUUUCUCCUAAAAUAAUGCUCAAUACUUAACCUAAUCAAAUGGCAUCCAUUUGAAUACAAUGACAGUAACUCAAGCUAGUUAAUGUCAGUGACAUUAAACUAACUCCAGGAUUCAGGAGUUUUAAUGAUAGAAUUUAGAGUUAGCAGGUAGAGUGUGGCCUCAUCUCUCCACAGUAGCCCAGCUCUCCCCGUCCCUGUGAGAGGCUGUCUCCCUGCCUUCUGAGGCAGUGACAGAAGGACUUUACUCAGCUUCCGUUCUCUUGUGCGUUUGGUCUGUUGGUUAUUUAGUCUGGAGAUUCUUUAGCUUUUUGUUUUCUGCUACAUUGGUGUUUGGGAUUUACUAUUGGGUUUUUUUUUUUUUUUUCUUCUUUCUUUUUGUUCUUGGAGCUUUUGUUUCUGUUUUCUGGGUAAGGCCUACCUUGUUUUUAGUUCCUGUUCAAUGGCACAGAAAAAUAGAAGGUUUCUUUUUCUUCCAUAAUGAUUUAGCACUUAAAGGAGAUUAACUUGUGGAUCAUUAAUCCUAAUACUCUUGAGGAUGUGUUCCCCUUCUGCAUAUGCAGUUAAUUUGUGAGAGUUUUACUGCUAAGCUAUUAUAUCUCUGUAUCACUGGGAAGUUUUAGAAACUUCUGCCCAUGACCUGCCCAUGAUCUGUUGCUUUAUUUAAUUAAGGAGCUGCCAUUGCCUCCAGGAAACUCAAGAAUUUUGUAUGAGCUUUUUUUUUCUUUCUGCUCCUUUCUUUGCUCCUCAUGUUCUUCAAACCAGUGUUUUGGAAGUAUGCAUGCAAGCCUAUAAAUGAAGACCACAGGCCUUCAUGUAUGUAGCAUGUGUAUUAUAGUGUCUAGCUACAUCUGCAAACACCUUAUUCAGAGGUUUGGACUAACAUUUCACAUGCACAUUUCAAAACAAAAGUGCUUCAACUGUUAAACAGCUCCCUUACUUAACAAGAAGAGCAGCAUGGGCUACAUUUGCCCUGAUAACAGCUACUGUUUGGUUUAAAAGUGAAUUUAAUUAUAUGUUACACAAUAUUAUGACUACCACUGUGCAAGAAAUAAAGCAAAAAGAACUUCUAUUUUCAUGAAAUGUAUUUUCAUCAGUCAUUGGUCUCAGAUAUAAGUGAAAAUACAAACUUUCUGAAUACCGUACUGUCUGAGGCACUACCUGACUUUUAAAUGUGUAGUAAAAAGAAGCUAAAUUUCUCCUUCCACUUGGUAUUUCAAGAAGAUUGAAAAUAUUCCACGGAAAAAUGAUUUGCACAAGUAAAAAUCCGAUGUGUGCAUGAGAAGGAUGUCUUGGUUAUGUGUAGAGUCAUCUCACAGCACCAGUUUUCCUGUUUGGAAUGAUAAGAUGACACUAUUCUCUUUGAUUUAAAAAAGAAAAAUUAUAACAUUUGAUACGAUCAAGGUGUAACCACUAUUGAUAUUUAGGAGAUGCUUUAAAAGACCAUAAACUGUCAUUGGAAAGAACACCAUGGUAGACUUUUUGUAAAUUUAUUUUGUAUUUAAUUAAAUUCAGUAUAAAGGCUGGUGAAGUGUAAUAUAAUUGUGUAAACAAAUCCUGUUAAUAGAGAGAUGUACAGAUUCGUUUUGUACUGUAUCUUGAAACUUGUGAAAUAAAGAUUCCACCUCUGGUUA